AUGGACUUGUUUCCUGAACUAAGGAAAUCUGGAUUCAUACCACCAGUACUAGCUGGCAGCCAGAAUCGACAUUUGCUUCCGAGAUUCUCACUAAGCCUUCCUCAUUUGCUUACACCCAAUAUGGCUGCGCACGAAGACGUUCAAAAGUCUUCGUCGAUGCCAUCGACUCCCCAGUCAUUCUUGUACUAUGAGGCUGACAGCCCAUUCCCACAGUCUGGCAAUGAAGAGCUAUGGCACAGCUCAAAGCGUCGCCGUACUCAACAGAAACCAUCUAGUGAAACACAAUUUAUUCACAUGAAUGGCUACAAGAGCGACAGCCAGCUUGGCACACGGUUUAACAAUACUUAUGUUGAUUCGUAUUCGGACUCCAAGACUUUUGAAAACACACAGAGCAAGUCAGGUGAUGCGGCCUCCGCCGCUGAAGAAGCCCCAGGUGCAGUUGCUGAAACUGCAUCAAAAGCUAGCGACGAGAUACUUGAAGUUUCCUCGGCAAAGUCAGUUCGUAGCGCCCGCAAACCAAUGGAACGCUCGACAGAGACGUCACAGCGAGUUUUGAAAGUUAAGUCCGGCGCUGGAGCAUCGCAACCGACGAAUAUUCAGACUUUUAUCUUCAAAACGAAACUGGACCCCCGAAACCUCAAUUACAGAGACCGUUCUGAUGAACCCGGAACGCCAUCGUCGGUGACUGAGAUACCUGAAGUGCUGAUGGAGAAUCCUCCUGCCGAGCCAUCCACACGUUUUACACGCAAGACGCGCAAAUCCGAAGCAUCGAAUAUACUUAAGUUCAAGAGCUAUACGCCUAAUGCUACACCUGUCUUGCGUAACAACGCGUCACGCAAAACACCUCGUCAAGAGCAGUCUGUGGAUGCCGAAUCGCCCGCCCCACCCAUUGCCGAUGACCAAAGAUCCUUGGCAGCCUUUGAGCGUGAUAGACAGCCGAGUGCUGAUAAAAUGAACCUGUACGAAACGCCAACCAAAGACAAUGUCACGGCGGGUGUUGGUGAAAGCAACUCGGCACGACGGAGCACUAGGGUUCGCAAGCCCGUGAAGCACAUUUUAUUAGAGGAACUUCCCAAGGAAACUCCUAAGAAAGAGAAAUCUACCAAAGAACAAGGAUCGACAACAGUGGCACAGUCUAAGUCAUUACCAAGAUCUGCCAACACCACUGCAGCGGAGCCGGUCUCAUAUGCAUCUCCACCUGCUCCUCAAUCAGAUGCGGGUUAUCCAUACGGUGAUGCAUUUGAUAGAUACGGCACACCCUCACCUGAUAGCUUAUCGAAUACGCGUUCGUCCGGACGUGUACGAAAGCCUACUAUCAAGGCAAUUGAAGCUUUGCAGUCCAAGCCACAUAGUCGAAAGAGGCUACGAAAUUCAGAUCAGUUUGUCGUUUCUAGUGAGGCUUCUCCCAAUCAAGGCAAAGUCACACCGGAACCCACCAAUACUGCAAAUACUUCGAACGUUCCAACAUCUCGCAGUGUCAGCGGAGGCAGAAGCGAUGCACUCUCGGUCUCUAUGGAUGAGUUAGAUAUCCUUGGUCGACAACUUUAUGAUCUGGCAAGCACCGCAAUUGUGGAUAUUACUUCUGUUGAAGAUGAAGAUGCAAAGAUCGCCGAGUGGCGGGAGGCCUUCAACAAGAAGAGGAAUAAACAAGUCUCGAUACAUGUUGUUGAAGAAGCGCCAGAAGCGCCAGAACCAGAACCAGAACCAGAACCAGAACCAGAAGCUCCAACCAAGGAAACCCCGCCGGUUGUUGAAUACCUCAAUCUCCCCGGCGAGAUCAACGCUGAGAUUCCUUUGGACCACCCUGAACGAGCCCGUCCUUAUACCGAGGAAGACGGCUGGAUGCACACUGGCAGAGUGAAUGAACACGGCGAGGAAUACUGUGUUGCGCCCCGCGACAAAUACCAAUGGGUCAAGCAUGUAUCAAACUAUAAAACACCUGUUGGACCCAUUCCUACCCCGCCACCAGUCCUCAAGUCAGUUGACGAGAUUCGACGCGACAAUAUAUACGGCUUCCCACCUAGUCCCGGUAACCGAAAUCUAUACCAAAAGCAUCCCGGCCAAGUAUGGCGGCUCGAAAAUGUGGAGGGUCUGGCUAGCCAGACGCCCAGUCACACCAAAUCCCUACGCUCUUCCGACCGAUCCAUCGCUAAACAGGUCGAUGCUAUGAACGUUGAUGAAUCCGGUAUGAAAACGAGGUAUAUCCACAAGAAGGGGUUCCCUCGAUUCAAGCGACCUUUGAAGAUUGUCUUUGUCGAUUCUUCAAAACUUGAUCUACCUGCUCCAUCUGAAACCACCUCAUCUCUACGUAGGCGACGCCAGAGUGCAGCGCAAUCUGCAGGAGGAGCGCAUUCGACUCCUAGCAAGACAGCUGGCAGCAACCAGCGAAAGCGCUCGUUUGACAUGACUGGUGGAAGCCAUGGUGAAAGCUCCAAUCAAGCUCAAUCGCAACGUAAGAAGCGACAGUCAACCGUGAAGGCUGAUGAUAAAUCAACGCCGGCACGUCCCAAGCGUCAGUCAGCUGUUGGAACUGCCACCAACAAUAAUAACAAGACCGGCGGCACUCCAGCUUCAACUCCAUCAACUGCACCACCAAAAUCAGCCAGUAGCGGCACCAAAGCAACUCCAAAGGGGACCACAGGAUCUAAUACGGCCCCAUUGGAGAAACUUUCACUCAAGUUCCAUUUUGGAAGUCAUUCCAAAUAG